UCCUGCACCGAAGGCGCAGAAUCUCUUCGCAAGCUCAACGAAGGUGACGACGAUGAUGACGAUGACGAUGAAGACGCAACGGAGGUACUGCCAGCUACGACCAUGGUCAAAGAGAACCUCAUCGCAGAACCGUCACCAAAGCCCUCCAAAAAGAAGAACAAGAAGAAGAAGAAGUCAAAGGGUAAAGCGGCAGCAGUGCCUUCCUCGCCGCCGGCAGAUGAUGAGGACGAUAUCGAUGCUGCCCUCCGUGCAAUCAACCAGAAGUACGGUUCAGAUGCUUCGACACCCCAGCGAACACAGACGUCUACGCCGAUACUUGGCUCAUCCAGUCAUGAUCUCUGGUCCGUCGACAGUAAGAGUCUCGACGCGGAAGCUGAGAUGAAGCGUAUGUUCGGCUCAAAGGUUGUCAACUCUGACCGUCCAGAAGCUGGUCCUGCCCGUCCUCGAAUCCGUGGGCAGCUUCCCCGCGGUCUUGCCAAGGCUCUCUCCGCAUCUGCAGGAAAGAAAGGUAUACUCAUACAACCGAAGGAGAACUGGCCGGGCGUCAUCAAAGGUGGGUUAGGCAUGGAGAUCGUAGAGCGACACGAUGACGGCGUCAUGGAGUUCAAGUUCUCGCAUUCGAGGACAUACCAGGAUGUUCAGAGGCAGUUCUAUAUGUGCGUGAACAGUUAUGAUCCGAACAACCUAGUGAACCUGUUGCAUCUGAAUCCGUUCCAUGUGGAUACGCUGUUGCAGGUUUCAGAGAUUUUGAAGCAUCAGGGAGAUCAUGCGCAGGCCGGAGAGAUGAUUGAACGUGCGUUGUGGACUUUCGAUCGUGCUCUGCACUCCCUCUUCAACAUUGCCAACGGCACGGCUCGCCUUCCCUUCAAAUUCGUCGAGAAUCGCGCUUUUUACCUUGCUGCGCACAGACAUAUCGCGAUCCUCAUGCGUCGUGGAACCUACCGCGCAGCCUUCGAGUUCCAGAAGCUCGUGCUGUCAUUGUCACCAGACAACGAUCCAUACGGAAUGGGUCUUGCCAUCGACUUCGCCGCCGGACGAACGAAGCAAUGGCAAUGGUUCUUUCAGUAUGUCGAGUAUGAGAUGGCAGCUGGCCGAGCGAAGGGGCGGCCGAACUUGGCGUAUACUGGGGCGUUGGCGAGGUGGAGUUUGGCGAAUGCUCAGAAGAAGAGCCACGAAGCGAGUGAGAAGGAGUUGAAACAAGCGAUUAAGGAUUACCCUUGGGUUGUACCGCAGUUGUUGCAUGCUGUCAGCGCACGAGUUCCGUGGGAUGUCGCCCCGCCGACGAGGUUGCACACAUUGUUGAGUGAUCUGUAUGUACACCGGUCGAAGGAUUUGUGGGCGAGUGACGAAGCGAAGGCCUUCUUGUCCAAUGCUGUUUCGAGCUUCAGUACCGCACCUUCGGUCGUGACUGAAGCUAUCGGAGAACAUGAUGACGAAAUUCCAGAGAACGUCUCACGUCAUGUUCUUCUGCUCGAUAUUCCACAACUCACCACCCACCUCCCCUCCUCCAUCACUCAGAAUCCCGGUCUUUCUUCGGACCCUCUACCACCUGCUAACUCACUCCCUUCACCAUACGAAGCCGACAUGCGCGUCGCACCCUCUCAAUCCACCGAGAGCUCUCCACAGGGUCUGAUGAGCCUGCUCAUGUCCCUCCUCCCAGGUGGUGCGACCGAUCAGCAAAGGCAGGAGGUCGAGGAUGCGCUUAAUGAGGGUGUGGAGGAGGGUGCUGCAGGUGCGGAGUUGUUUGGAAGGACUUUGGAGCGGUUAAGAGGUAUGUUCUUGGGUGAUGAUCGGGGUGCAGCGGAAGGCGAGGGUUUGGGUUUCGCGGCGCUGGACGAUGAGAUCGAUGAUGAGGAGUUUUCCGACUUCGAGGAGGAUGAAGAGGCUGAAUUGGCCGAUGAGGAUGCCACUCAGCAAUAAUCUAUAACUACUUAGGCCUAGCUAUAGGUACAGGGAAACAGCAAAAGUGCUACAAAACAUAGCAUGGGAAUACGAAUCGUUAAUCACGCGGUCUGAUGUCUCGC